AUGGACCAAGGUGAGUGUCUCCGUGAGAUAUUUAUUGAGCUUGAUCCGACUAGCGACCUGCUCGAGCUGGCUGUACUUCCAUCAGGCUGUGGGUUGCAGCCGCGGCUUCGUUUCACAACUUACGGUCUAACUGGUAUUACGCACUUCGACCUCCCACAAACUAGCGACUACAUCGAGGUAUUUGAGUGCACUCAGGUCGCUUCCACCGCCGGCGACAUCGGCGAUUGCUGUGGCCCUGUUAUGGAAUCCCAUCUCAAACAUCAGGCCCAACCGGCUCCACAAUUAGCUCGCUUUCGCUUUUCAUUGCUAAAACCUGCCGUAAAUCGAUCAUUAAACAUGGCUAGUCGCGUCUCGAUGCGCCUCAAUCAACGAGGGUUUCUAUCUAUGCAGUACAUGAUUCCGUUGGCCGACAAUCAGGUCGCUUUUGUCGAAUUCUUCGUAACAGGGCUUCGAGAAUAUCACUAG